AUGAAGGAAUGUCGAGCUCUCUGCGAUAUGGGUUCCCAGGUGAGUUUCAUUAGCGAACCCAUGCUCACAUUGUUGAAUCUUCCUAGAAAUGCUUGUAAACUUCGGGUCGAAGGCGUCGAUUCAAGUCUCUCAGCGCACACGAAGGGAACUGUUCCAGUUUGCAUGCGUUCAUUGGUUGACGAAUCGUUCUCGCUCAACUUCAGCGCUUACAUACUUGAUUCUAUUACAUCAACAACUCCCGCUACAUCAAUUGACGUAUCGACAUGGACCUAUGUGCAUGAUCUUCAGUUAGCAGAUCCUACGUUGGGAACACCUGGCACGGUUGAUCUUCUUAUUGGUGCGGAUAUCUUGCCAACCUUGUUGUUAACUGAAAUCAGAACAGGUCCCAACAAUAUGCCUUGUGCCCUGCAAACGAGACUGGGUUGGAUUGUGUUUGGCCCAGCCACAGCUACCAGCUGCAGCUCUACAAUGCAUCAUACACUCUUGUCAUCCAACCCUGUGGAGCAAGAGUGCCUUGAACAGUUGCUGCGUAAGUUUUGGGAGACGGAAGAGCCCCCGGCAGAGGUCACCUCUCACGUUGAUGAGUGUGAAGGGAUUUUUGUUAAAACCGUUACACGUUCGGCUGAUGGCCGCUACUGCAUCACCUCUUGGUAA